AUGGCAGAUCAGCAGCAGUUCCGCAAGGAUGCGGAUCGGCAGAGCGGUGAUAUGGAUUAUCAGUUGUCGAAUAGGACGCUGAAUGGUGCUAGUGAGAGUACAGAUGCUGGAAAUAGCGAGUUUGUGCUUUCGAUAGAGUCUCUUGCGGAACUACAUGAGGAAAAAAGCUUGAAAGCGUUCGAUAAAGUGUUCAAACAUGAUCCUUCCAAGUUGUAUGAGUAUCUGGAGACCGACGCUGAGGAGGGUAUUGUAAUGGAGGGGAAGAAUUACUACGAGACCCCUCGGUAUAAGAAGUAUGGCGAUAACAGGAUUCGAGAAAGACCUGCGAAGACUUUUCUUCAGCUUGUAUGGGAAGGUAUUAAUGAUAAGACGAUGCUGUUGCUGACGGCAGCAGCGAUCGUGUCGUUUGCUCUGGGGUUGUAUGAGCUUUGGGGACAACCGCCGCAAUACGAUCCGGAGGGUCAAAAGAUCACAAAGGUGGACUGGAUCGAAGGUGUAGCUAUCAUGAUCGCUGUUGUGGUGGUGGUGCUUGUGGGAGCUAUCAAUGACUACCAAAAGGAGCUGCAGUUUAUGAAAUUGAACCGUAAGAAGGAGAAUCGGAGGAUCAUCGUGAUUAGAAAUGGUGAGAAGAUUCUAAUUUCCGUCUUUGAUCUCCUUGUUGGAGACCUGAUAAAUUUACAAACGGGGGACGUUGUGCCGGCAGAUUGUGUCUUAGUCGCUGGCAAAUGCGAAGUCGAUGAAUCAUCGGUCACUGGUGAGUCCGAUGCACUAAAGAUGGCUUCCCUGGCGACAGCUUGGAAGGGAUACACGAACAAUGUGGACGAGGCGCCCAACUGCCUGCUAAUAUCGGGAUCCAAGCUGCUCUCCGGUUUAGGGAAAGCAGUCGUCACGGCGGUGGGCGAGAACUCUAGGCACGGUAAGACAAUGAUGUCGCUGAGUGAUGAGCCAGAGAAUACGCCCUUGCAGGAGAGGUUGAACGAGUUAUCCGACAGCAUAUCAAUUUACGGUUGCAGUGCCGCGAUUUUGUUGUUUGUUGUGCUUUUUAUAAGAUUUUUGGUCCACAUCAAAGAUGGUGAUGAAUAUGGCGACCUGAAUCCGGCUGAGAGAGGCUCUAAGUUCAUGAACAUCUUUAUCACAGCAGUGACGAUUAUCGUUGUCGCGGUUCCCGAGGGUUUGCCUCUUGCCGUCACUUUGGCUCUCGCUUUUGCAACAACAAGAAUGACUAAAGAUGGUAAUUUGGUGCGAAACUUGAGUGCGUGCGAAACAAUGGGUUCUGCGACUACGGUAUGCUCGGAUAAAACCGGUACUUUGACAGAAAACGUGAUGACAGUAGUCAGAGGCUUUUUGGGAAAUCAUCAUUUCAUUGAUGACGGGACUGAGAGAAGUAAAGAUUCAAGCCGAGUGUUUCAGAAUGAAUGUUCUUCGGAGCUGAGAAAAGAUAUUUUAGCGAACAUUGCAUUGAAUUCGACGGCUUUCGAAAACAAAGCAUACCGCGGCGAUAGCGUGGAUGAAGACGACAAUACCCUGGAGGGAAGAAGUGACUCAAAUCCAUUCGCUGCUCGUCUCAACAACAUUAAAUCUAAGUCCUUGGGGAAAUUCAAACCCUGUGCUACUAGUGAUGACAAUGACGACAAUGAGCUACCACAGGGCAGACAAGAGCCUUUCAUUGGAUCCAAGACAGAGACAGCGCUACUCGGGCUCGCUAGGAAGUCCCUUGGAAUGAAAACAAUCCAAGAGCUGCGUCGCAAUACAAGGUCAAAUUUUAACAUCGAGAGAAUCGUGCAGGUCAUAGAGUUCGAAAGCUCAAGAAAAUGGGGCGCUAUUGUGGUCAAGUAUGAAGACUCGGAUCGCUACAGGGUUUUUAUCAAAGGCGCCGCUGAAAUUGUUUUCAGCAGAUGCCAAUACCGAAGGAAUAUAGAUGAUGAAGUUGAAGUGAUUACAGAAGAUUCCAAGAAAGAUAUCGCUGAUGAGAUAAGAUCACUGGCCUCUGGGGCAUUAAGGGCUAUAUCUUUGGCCCACAAGGAUUUUGUUGAAUGUAGGUCCUGGCCGCCGGAUGAUCUGCGUGAUGAUAAUGACUCCAGUAUUGCCUCAGAAGAAAAGCUUUUUGGUGCAACGUUCAACCCUGAUAGAGGAGGCUCCAGCGAUGACAGAUUGGAUGAUGAGGAAAAGGGCUUCGUUCUUGAUGGUAUUGUCGGCAUAGCGGAUCCUUUGAGAGAUGGUGUCAAAUAUUCCGUUGAGCAAUGUCAACGAGCCGGUGUUUCGGUAAAGAUGGUUACAGGUGAUAAUAUAAUAACCGCGAAGGCGAUUGCGAAAAGCUGUCAUAUCCUUUCUGAAGAAUCUGCAAGGGAUCCGGAUAGCGCCAUGGAAGGUCCAAAGUUCCGGAAACUAAGUAAAAAGGAACGCAUGCGCAUAGCACCAAAGUUAAAAGUGUUGGCAAGGUCGUCUCCAGAGGACAAAAGAUUACUGGUUAAGUCAUUGAAGGAGAUGUCGGAAGUAGUUGCUGCAACGGGUGAUGGUACCAACGAUGCACCUGCUUUGAAACUUGCUGACGUCGGUUUCUCGAUGGGUAUUUCGGGUACAGAGGUUGCAAGGGAGGCCUCCGACAUUAUUUUAAUGACGGACGAUUUUUCAGCAAUUGGUAACGCGAUUAAAUGGGGUAGGUGCGUCUCAUUGUCGAUUAAAAAAUUCAUUCAGUUUCAACUUACUGUAAAUGUAACUGCAGUUAUUUUGACCUUUGUUUCCUCCAUUUCUUCAAUGGAAGAUAAAUCCGUCUUGACGGCAGUGCAGUUGUUAUGGGUUAAUCUUAUCAUGGAUACCUUGGCCGCUUUAGCCUUGGCAACUGAUAAGCCAGAUCCAAUGAUUAUGAAUCGCAAGCCUUUGGGUCGCUUUGCGCCUCUGAUCUCUGUCUCGACAUGGAAGAUGAUAUUAAUACAGUCAACUUUGCAACUGGCUGUAACAUUUUUCUUGGUCUUCAAUGGUCAUGUAUUGUUUUUCCCAGGAAAGGACUCCCUCAGUGGCCAUGAACAGCAGCAAUUGAAUGCCUGUAUAUUCAAUACCUUUGUCUGGCUACAGUUCUUCACUCUUUUUGUUUCUAGAAAACUAGACGAAGGUGAUGGUAUAUCGAACUGGAGACAAAGGAUAAGCAAGACGAAUUUGAAUUUCUUCCAGGAUCUAUUCAGAAAUGGAUACUUCAUUGGAAUUAUGAUCCUUAUUGGAGGCUGUCAGACUUUAAUUAUGUUUUUCGGUGGAGCUGCGUUCUCUGUUGCGCGUCAAACACCUGCAAUGUGGGCUGCGGCGAUCAUACUGGGCUCACUUUCAAUACCUGUUGGUGCCUUGGUCAGAAUCUGUCCCGACGAAUGGAUAUUGAAAAUAUUCCCAAGUAGGCUCCUUCGUGGAAUUAAGUAUAUUGUCACCUUCGAAUUCACUCGGUCAUCUAAUAAGCGUAAUUACGAAGAUGAAGAGUCAUUGUUAGAAAGGGAUGGAACUCCUAACUCCGGGAUGAGUAGUGAGUAG